AUGAAGAAUUUUGAUACCCUCUUUGAUGCUUGUGAUUUAUAUAUUGAUGAGAUUCCUGAUUUAUCUGAGUCAGUAGAAGAGAGGAAGGAGGUUGAAUUCAUAGAAUUACAGCAAGGGAAUCUAACCGUCGAUCAAUAUGCUACUAAAUUUGCAGAGUCAUCCCGAUAUGCAUCGCAUAUUGUCAACACGGAGGUUAGGAAGGCGAGGAAGUUCGAGAGAGGUUUGCGGCCUGAUAUCCGAGGGAGAGUUUUGUCGGCCAACCUUAAGGCCUACACUCAGCUGGUAGAUUUGGCCAAGAGGAUGGAAAAGGAUUGUGAUGAUUACCGAAUGAGGAAAGAGAAACAAAGGACAGGACCUCCGCCCCCUGGGGAUCCAAGAGAAAAGGAAAGUCGAAGGAAUGGCAAGACUCAAAAAGCCUCCCAGGGUGAUGUUAAGCAAAGCCAACUCGUACAGUGUACCUCUUGUAGGAAGCAGGGCCAAGUGGCUUCCAAGUGCCGGCUGAAGACAAAAGCAUGUUACAUUGUGGCAAGGCGGGUCACGAUUGCCUGA